AUGUUCAAUGGUGGUAGCAAUGUUGUUGGUGUUGGUAUUGGUAGUGGUGGUGGUGGUAGUGGCGGUCAGAAUAUUUAUUUUGGUGUUUAUUAUCUAAUGUUUGGUAUGUUUGGUAUUUCAGUGGCUGAUAUCGAAGGUGGUACCCAUUCCGAUGAAACAAACAGCGGUGGUGAUAACAGUAACGCUGGUAGCGUAUCCGGUGGUGCCGACGACGAUCAAGCUCGUUUACGACUGAAAAGAAAACUUCAAAGAAAUCGUACGAGUUUCAGCAACGAGCAGAUCGACGCCCUUGAAAAAGAAUUCGAGAGGACGCAUUAUCCGGACGUGUUUGCGAGGGAACGACUGGCUGGGAAGAUUGGCCUACCGGAAGCUCGAAUACAGGUAUGGUUUUCGAAUCGGCGGGCAAAGUGGAGACGAGAGGAGAAAUUGCGUACGCAACGGAGGGACAACCCGCAGCAGCAGCAACAACAACAACAACAACAGCAACAACAGCAACAGCAGCAACAGCAACAACAACCACAACCUCAGCAACAACAGCAACAAUCCCAUACGGCAGGUGUUAGCCUGGUGGGUGGUGGUCAUCCUACGCCACCUCCACCUACUGGAAUACUUGGUGGACAGGCACCACCGCAAGCACCACCGUCGCCACCCAGAAUACACCAUGGAUUUGCACCUACCGCUGUUUAUCCAGGAAUACCUAGUAUGCCGGAUUCGUACAGUCCCAUGACAUCAAUGCCAAGCUUCACGAUGUCAGGUGGUAGUCAACAGAAUCAACACACGACGAGCAGCAUGUCUUCAUUAUCAGGCUCUCUUUCGGGUUCGUUAUCAGGCUCGCUAUCGGGAGGUGGGAUGGGCCCAAUGGGUAUGACGGUUGGCAUGACUGUAGGCCCUAGUCCAGGCGCGUGCCUUCAACAACGUGACAAUGGUUACUCUUGUGGCGUGGCACGACCACCGAGCUACGAACCACUUCAUUUGGGAUACGGUGCGAGGCCAACCUGCAGUCCGACCCAGCCUUACCACACCGCGGGCCUUAAUCAGUACAAUCAGAACGCCAGCUCGACCGGUCUAAUAUCACCGGGUGUGAGCGUACCGAUCGCAGUACCAGGCCAACCAGCACCAGAUAUGGCGGCGCAAUAUUGGUCACCAAGGCUACAGUGACCGUGGUGGUCCUCGACGUCGACCUCGUCCUCGUAGGCACGAGUCUCUUCGUCCUCGAUCAGAACCAGAAUUUGAUAUCGUCGGUGAUAGGGAGGACCACCAAGAAAAAAAACAUUUCAAACAAAGAACUUUCAAAUAAGCUUCCUUUUAUCACGAAAGAAAAAUAAAAACACGCGAGAUUUGAUGAUCGAGGGACUAAUGUGCGAAGAAUUCGAGUUUUCAAACGUCGAGUCAGGAUCUUCUUUUUCUUUUCUUUUCUUUUUUUAUUUUAUUUUAUUUUAUCUUUUGUUAUUUUAUUUUAUUUGCCCAACCCCACCCCUGCCCCCAACCCCUCCACCACCCGUCCCAAUGACGAUAAACAAGAUAUCAAAUAAAAUAUCUUCAAAGUCGUGUCGUGAAAAUAUAUUUUGAUAAUUAAUAAUUA